GAUCUCUCCAAACGCAUUCUGCUUCCCAGCUUGUUCCCAUACACACAAGCCGUACUCACGGUCAGACUACGCAUGAUACCUACCUAGGCAGUGUCUAUCGUUGGAGUAAGCUUCUCUGCGUUCCUCUGGCGUGCGUUAGCACCUCAGAAGCUCAAUAUUUAAGGUGGUUUGGUCGAAAUGCCUUCCGUCCACGACGAAGCGCCUCGUUUCCGGACCGUGCAGAAGCUCCAAUUGGAGUAUGCCCCCGUUACGAUCACCCAGUAUGAAUCGGCGAGGACGGGCAUGCGGGUGGCCGUCGUUGACCAGCCGGGUCCAAAGAUCAAUGGCUACUUCGCUGUGGCCACCGAAAUCCACGACGACUCUGGCGCACCUCACACUCUCGAGCAUCUUGUCUUCAUGGGUUCAAAGCAGUACCAUUACAAAGGACUCUUGGACAAGCUAGCUACUCGGAUGUACAGUACCACAAAUGCUUGGACGUCUGUAGAUAACACAACGUACACACUCGACACAGCAGGAUGGGCGGCAUUUGCGCAGAUGCUUCCAGUCUACUUAGACCAUCUCAUCGUGCCCACUCUCACGGACGCCGGAUGCUACACCGAAGUACAUCACAUAGAUGGUGAAGGCAACGACGCAGGCGUUGUUUAUUCCGAGAUGCAGGCGACGCAGAAUACUUCCCAGGAGCUGAUGGACCUGGAGCUUCGGCGGUUAAUGUAUCCUGAGGGCAAUGGUUACCGCUACGAGACCGGAGGUAUGAUGGAGGCGCUUCGUGUAUUAACAGCCGAUCGCAUCCGGUCUUACCACAAGGAGAUGUAUCAACCGAAGAACAUGCGCAUCAUCCUGACCGGCGAGGUUGAUCAUAACGAGCUGUUAGCGAUACUCGACAGAUUUGAGAGCUCGAUCAUGGAGGAUGUACCAUCUGUGGAAGAGCCGUUCCAGAGACCUUGGAUCACUUCGUCCAACACUCCACGAGUCAAGCAGACUUCAGUGAAGGCAGUAUACUUCCCUGAAGAGGACGAGUCAAUGGGAGACAUCAUGAUCGGCUACGUCGGUCCUCGCUACGACGAUCAUGAGAAGAGUAAUGCUAUGGCUGUUCUUACGCAAUACUUGUGUGGCUCUUCCAUUUCAGUGCUCGAGAACACUCUCGUUGAACAGGAGCAGCUGUGUAGCAUGGUCUAUUGCCAGUCCGAGGAGCGUCUAGACUCUGCGCUGAUCUUCUAUCUGUCAGCUGUCGAAACGGACAGGCUUGCCGAUGUGGAGAAACGCUUCGUAGCACUGCUGAAGGAUGUGGCGAAUCAACCCCUCAACAUGGGCUACCUGCACGACUGCCUAAAGCGUCUGAGACGGCAGGUAGUUGCUCGGAGCGAGAAUGCGGGCGAUUUCUUCUCGACCCUUGUGCUCGAAGACCAUCUGUACGGUGACCGUGCGGGUCGUGACCUCAAGCAUCUUGAGAGUCUCAAAGAGUUCGAUGACCUGGCGUUGCUUUCCGAGGACGCUUGGCGAGAGUUGUUGAGGGGGUGGCUCGCUAAUGCUGAGCACAUCUCGAUCUUGGGAGUGCCCUCCAAGGAGCUUUCCGAGAAGACCACCGCCAAUGAGAAAGCUCGCGUGGAAGCGCAGAGAGCGAAGCUUGGAGAGCAGGGCAUGCUGCAGCUCGCGGAGCAGCUGAAGCAAGCUCAGGCCGAGAAUAACCGGCCAAUUCCAGAGUCAUUGCUCGAACAAUUCAAAGUGCCAGAUGCGGAGACGAUACACUUUAUAUCAACGACGACCGCACGAGCAGGCGCUGCGCGAAAGAUGGGCAAGCUGGAGAAUAACAUCCAGACCACGAUCGACAAGGACGACAAUGCCUCUUCGCUGUUCAUUCAUUUCGAGCAUAUUCCUUCCAACUUCGUGCGCAUCAACCUGAACAUGUGCACUGCCAUGGUGCCGAUUGAGCUGAAGCCCCUGUUGACUUUGUAUCUGGCAAACUUCUUCACGACGCCGGUCAUGCGCGAUGGCGCCAGAAUUGAGUUCGAAGAUGUUGUGCUUGAGCUCGAACGAGAGACUGUAUCUUAUUCGAUCAACACAGUACGCGGCAACGUCGAGAUGCUGAGCGUAUCGUUCGAAGCGGAGAGCGAUCGAUAUGAAAGCAUCAUUAGCUGGUUGCGAACCAUGCUAUUUGACGCAAUAGACGACCCCGUACGACUGUCUGCAUCUCUCACCAAGAUUCUUGCCGACAUCCCAGAAGAGAAGCGCGACGCAGACAGCAUGGCCAUGGCUGUUCUUAACAUGGAGCACUUCGAGCGCACGUCAUCCGGCAGAGCACAGAACACGCUGUCCAAAGCGCUCUACUUACGACGCAUCAGGAACUGGCUCAAGGCCGAUGAGCAAAUGGUGCUUGACAAGUUUAAGCAGCUUCGUCAGGCCCUCCAUAAGCCCGAAAACUUCAGAGUGUACGUGGCUGCAAAUAUUGAGAAACUGUCAAGACCUGUAUCUGCUUGGAACGCACUCACGGACGGGCUCGAUAUGAAUCAACCUUUACGACCGCUCGACGACCGCAAAGCUUGUCUCAGCGACAUCGGGAAGAACCCGGGCUCGCUAGCAUACUUUGUUCCCUUGGCAGCGACCGACUCCUCAUUCGCUGUGCUUGCAAUCAAAGGUCCUGAAGGUCUGACCCAUCCAGAUGUGCCUGCACUGAGGGUAGCGGCUGCAUACAUGGACGCCGUCGAAGGCCCGCUGUGGAAUGGUGUGCGUGGCCCUGGCCUGGCUUACGGCACGUUCUGGCGCUUAGCUCUGGAUACGGGUGUAGUUACAUUUACCAUCUAUCGAUCGCCGGACACGUACAAGGCUUGGACGAAGUGCAAGGAGCAAGUCGAAGGCUAUGCAAGUGGCGAACUACGCUUGGAGAAGCUGGCCCUUGAGGGCGCCAUCAGCGAGAUCGUGCUUGGCAUGGCGAACGAACAGCCCACUAUGGCGUCCGCAGCAGAUGCGAGUUACCUCAGUCAGGUGAUACGCGGCGUGCCUAAGGAUUGGAACCAUCAGAUGCUUGCCAAGGUUCGAGCGGUGACGCCUGAGCAAGUCAAAGAGGCGAUGAAGAGAUACAUGGUGCCUGCCUUCAACCCAGCCACCUGCAACAUGUUCGUCACCUGCGCACAGGUCAUGUGCAAUGACCUCGUUGCCCGCUUUGAGAAGGAGGGCUUUAGGCCUCAAUCUCGCACAUUGGAGUCAUUCCAGGAUGACUAUGGCUUAGAGCCGCCCGAUGGCAAUGGUGAGGAGGCCGAUGAUGCCGAAGAUAUUGAGGACGGUGAAGAUGAUGAAGAUGACGAGCCGAUGGACACGCCCGACAGCGAUGAAGAAUAGCAGCAAUAAAAUUAAGGCGAUGUUGUUAGAGGGCGGUGCAGACGUUCGUUGCUUGUAUUUCCAAACUCAAAGCAUUGGUAGCGUGGUCCGACGUCUCCGCUUCGC